CGUUUCCUCAUCAGUUGAACAGAAGUAAAGCCCGAAGGCGGACAGCGACUGCGCCCCGUCUCCCUCUCAGAUCAUUUUACUCGUUUUUCUCGCAUCACCUCAUCGACAACUGAUGCUUCAAUGAACGCGCGGUUCCAUUACCAGCCUUUGGAUGAAGUUGGACUUUUCUUCACGCAAAACAAACACAAUGUGACCAUGUAGAGUGAGCGGCUGUUUUAUCCUGGUCGGGUUUCGGAGUCUACCUUUAGUGAUCCGCGGAAGAAGGGACUUAAGAAUGGGCAAACUUCAGUCAAAACAUGCGUGCAAGCGCAGAGAAAACCCUGAAGGAGACAGUUUUGUUGUGAACGCCUUCCUGAGGAGAGGGAUGGAGGAAUGUGAGCGGUACAGCGCGACUGACCACAAGCUGAAGAGCAUGCAGGAGUUUCCAAAUGGUGAGCUCAAGGAAGGACCGUUCACAGAUCAACACUGUCCCCUAGAGGUGGUUCUUCCUCCGGAGAAGGCCGAGGGCUGCGAAAGCUACCUGCAGUACAUGCACUCGGAGGAUGGAGAGAAGGAGGCGCUAAGAGAUACCAACAAAGCUUCGGGGAAGAAACGCAUCAGCCUGGAUGACCUGGAGUGUGACGUUUCUGUGGAGGACGACAACCGUCAGGAGUGGAUCUUCACUCUUUACGACUUUGACAACAGUGGGAAAGUUACUAAAGAGGACAUGUCGAGUUUGAUGCACACCAUCUACGAUGUGGUGGACGCCUCUGUGAACCACUCCUGCCACAACAAGAGCAAGACUCUGCGGGUCAAGCUGACCGUCACUCCGGAGCCCCGGUGCCACAGAAGAGAAACAGGAGCAGAGCGCUGUCACCAGGAGGAAGGUCGCUCGGCUGACAAGCGUCUAUCCUCCUACAUCAGCAGCAAAGGGCACAGCAAUGAGCCUCCAGCCACCGAGGGCCAACAUUACUGUGUGGAUGAGAACACAGAGAGGAGGAAUCACUACCUGGACCUGGCUGGUAUAGAGAACUACACCUCUAGAUUUGAAGGAACCACACCCCCUCAGGAGGCUCAUGGUCGGAGCUCACAAAGCCAGAGCCGCUCACGGUCCCACGAACCAGAGCCCCAAGUUGUUCACCAGCGCCGCUCACAGGUCAUCAGCGACAGCUACAACCCUGCAGAGUCUCGAAGCAAGGGUACGCAUUUUGUCAAGUCCCCUAAAGGAACGUACAGGGGCAGCGGAGGGAAUAACGGGGGCGGCGGAGGGGGCAAAUCCACUAAAUGUCACGGCUACCACCCUCCCCUUCAAACAGUGCUGCACGGUGGCAGCGCCGCAGGCCACGGAGGCCAGGAUGUGUACCACUUGCCGCACCAAGCCCAGUCUUCCAGCCACCACCCGCAUCCUUUGCAAUACAGUCACAGUAAACGCCUGAGGGCCAAAACCCGGGAGGCCCUGUCCCCAUCCAAAAACCCUCAGUCUCACCCCCAGCAGCAACCCCCAGUGCCCUCCGUACUGCCGAGCCUGGAGAGAGAGCAAGCGUCUGGACCUCCCGGGAGCCCGGGGUUUGUGGUUCCUAUGGUCCAGCGCCACGAGCACCACCAUCACCACGAACACCACCACCACCACCAUUACCACCAUUACCACCAGACAUGACCACCUUCAGUGUGCAGUGACUGAAACUGUACAGGACCAAAAAAAAAAAACCACCAACCACACCAGUCUGAAGGACUUAACGUCAUCCCACGGCAGCGUCUUGCGCUCCGUGCAGGUUCUUUUUCUCUUGCCUCCUGCAAGCUACACGGUCAUAUCCUGAGAAUUAGAAGUACAGAGGAAAUCGUUGGACCAGAGGGACGCUGUUGUGUAAUAGCAAAAGUUCUGUGGCACGGGUUUAGUGUUUUUGUAGAUUUUCUGCUGGGAUGGCUGCACUCGUUACACACGUUCACUGAGGGUUCACACAUAAGAGAGAAUCAGAUCAGAUGACUUUUGAUGAUGAAACGCCCUUUCUCUUCUGAAGCUGUUGACUAAAGUCCCUGGAAGCUAUAUGUCAGAAUGUGGUUCUGUGCGAGACCUUUCCAAAACAUGGAUCUCAGGUGUAAAGGUGCUGCUGCUCUCAAGCUUUUCACAGAGGACUCUUUCUCUUUGAGGCCUCCUGUGAAGUGAGGGGUUUCCUAUUUUGGGGGAAAAAAGUAUGAAAUCACCACUGCCAGUUUUAAUGCAAAAAUAUCUUGCUAUAUGUAUAAAAACAAAUCUAUAUAUGUUAACACAUUUUACUGUAUAAUUAUUAUACUCUAUAUGCAUAUGUCAUCAUGGAUAUAAUUAUGCAUAUAUGUAUUUUGUCUUUUAUAUAUUUUAAUAAACGUUAUAUAGUUCAUUUA